AUGCGUUGUGUUAUCUUUUUGUUCCUUUUCAUCAAAACUGUUUCCUCUUCCAGUAAUUGGAUUCGGUUUGAAUCGAAAUGCUUCCAAAAAAAUAUUAAACAUGUGAAUCGUUCGACUGCCAUAGAAAUAUGCCAACAAAAUGGUGCUGUUUUAACUUCAGUUUCAAACCAAAAAGAAAUGGAUUUCCUUGGAAGCAUCCUUAAACCAUCUGAACAGUACUGGGUGUGGUUAACUUUUAAAGAUGGAAGAUACCAGUGGGAAGAUGGGCAAAGCUGCUGUCCACGAAGUUGGUGGUCUCCCACGGAACCAAGUCACAACGAUACAUGCGCGCGGUUGUAUCGUAUAAAAGGGAGUUUUCAAUUAUGGGACAUGCAAUGCGGAAGUUUAUAUGGAUUCAUAUGUUCAAAGGCUGCUAAAGUCUGGACACUGGUCAGCAAAAACGAUUAUUAUUUUGAUGAAUUGUGUGGAGUGGAAAUAAUGCCCAAUUGCAAAGGACAUCAAUGCGAAGACGUGUGCCAAUCCCACCACGAUUGCACGCAAUUCGCAAAAAUGUCCAACCUUUAUAUUAUCUCUCUCUCUCUCUCCCUUUCUCACGGUGAUCAAGUGUAA